UCCCGCCGCUGGAAGUGAAGAUAAUCGGGUCGAACCAGCCGUUGUCGGCGGGCAAGAGGUACGAGCUGAUGUGCACCACAUCCGGCUCCAGGCCGCCAGCCACCGUUACCUGGUGGAGGAACGAUCAGCAUUUGCUGGAGACGAAGGAGACGACAUCGAGCGACGGGAACACGACCACCAGCAUCUUAUCUUUCAUGGCGACCAAAGCAGAUGCUGGUAGACAAUUGUCGUGCCGGGCUGAAAAUCGAAUCAUGGGAACCGAGUCGAUAAAGGACGACUGGGUGCUCGAAAUACAGUACACGCCGGAAACCCGGAUACAGCUGGGCACCUCGUUGAAUCCGAACGCGAUCCGCGAGGGAACCGACGUCUACUUCGAUUGUCUGAUCCACGCCGAGCCACCCGUUUACAAGGUUGAAUGGCGACACUUGGGAAAAACUCUUCACCUCAACAUCACGCAGGGCAUCAUAAUCAGUAAUCAAAGCCUGGUGUUGCAAGGCGUCGACCGUAAAAGCGCAGGCAAUUACACCUGCGUCGGAUACAACACGGAAGGAGACGGAGAAAGCUCUCCGUUUUAUUUGAACGUAAUGUUCGCGCCCACCUGCAAGCCGAAUCAGACGAAGGUCCACGGCGUGGCGAAACAAGAAAAGGCAAACAUAUCUUGCCAAGUGGACGCGAACCCGCCGGAGGUUCAAUUCCGCUGGACCUUCAACAAUUCCGCCGAGAGCAUCGACGUUGCCGCCAGUCAUAUCGCCAGGUCCGGCACAUCCUCCAUCGUCUCGUACACGCCCAUGACCGAAUUGGAUUAUGGCACGUUGCUCUGUUGGGCCACCAAUCGAAUUGGACAUCAACAAGUGCCCUGCGUCUAUCACAUCAUACCUGCCGGUGAGGUAUCUUUAUGUGGUAAUUCGAUCAUGGAAAUUCCUCUCGAUCGUGAAACUCGAUAUAUACUCGAGCAACGACUCCCUCGUUUCGUCUUGGUUCCGACUUUCACCGAGAUUUCGCUGAGAUUCGAAAGAAAUCGCAGAACCUUUUAAGACUACUUUGAGUUUGAUUUCACAUCAGCAGUAUUUUUUCUUUUUUUUUUUUUUUUAAUUCCUCGAACGAUUUUCGUGGAUUUUCGUGGUUCAAGUAAAUUUAAAGACAAAAUUUUUUCGUAAGACA